AAAAGUCACAUGACAGUCGGUGGACGGGAAACGCGAGCCGCGGGGUCUCGGGGCUUUUCGAGCGCUGUGUGCGGGUCCGUGUCCGUCAGGCUGUGUGAGAUGUUUCCUCUGCGAGUCUUCUUCUGUCUUCUGUCCGUGUCUGUGCAUGUCGCGAGCGGCAUGUAUGAUCCGGACGAGGUGCUGGAUCUGCCGGGCAUGUCUUUCAAACCCAAUUACCGUCAGUGGUCAGGAUAUCUGAAGGCCAGUUCUGGCAAGUUUUUGCAUUAUUGGUUUGUAACGUCUCAGAGGGACCCACUUAAAGAUCCAGUCGUCCUGUGGCUGAACGGAGGGCCAGGCUGCAGCUCUUUGGAUGGGUUUCUAUCAGAGAACGGCCCCUUUCAUGUCAAUGAUAAUGGAGCCACACUUUAUGAGAACAUAUUCAGCUGGAAUAAAAUCGCCAAUGUUGUUUAUCUCGAGUCGCCUGCCGGAGUGGGUUAUUCCUACUCGGAUGACCAGAAAUAUCAAACCGAUGAUGAUGAGGUGGCAGAUAACAACUACUUGGCAUUGCAAAGUUUUUUCAUCAAGUUUCCAAAUUUCACCCAGAAUGAGUUUUUCAUUUUUGGUGAGAGUUACGGAGGCAUCUACGCACCCACGCUCAGUCUGAGAGUUGCCACCGGAGGUCAACUUAAAGUCAACUUUAAGGGCUUUGCUGUAGGAAAUGGCAUUAGUAGCUUUGCACUAAAUGACCAAUCUCUAAUCUACUUUGGAAACUAUCAUGGGCUGUUUGGAGAACAGCUGUGGAAGGAUCUGAACGACAACUGCUGUCAAAAUGGAGUCUGUAAUUUCUAUAACAAUUCUAAAGAGUCCUGCUCGGAUGUGGUGUCGCAUGCAUUUAACAUAGUCUAUAACUCUGGCCUGAAUACAUAUGCGCUGUAUCUCGACUGUGCUGGAGGUGUCACAUCUCAGAGAGCCAUGAUGCAUCUUUUCAAAAACUUCAGGAAGCACUGGGAAGCUAAUAAGUUAGUAGGAAGUACUCCAAAUGUUCAGGGAGUGCCUCCAUGCAUCAACAGUACUGCUCAGAUGAACUGGCUUAACCGAGGAGAUGUGAGGAAGGCGCUGCACAUUCCCGACGUGCUUCCACCGUGGGACAUCUGCAGCGAUGACGUGGGAAGACAGUAUCAUACCAUUUACCAAACUGUGAAGGAUGUCUAUGAGAAACUGCUGGCUUUGGGUCUGAGAGCUUUGGUCUAUAAUGGAGAUACCGAUAUGGCUUGUAACUUCCUUGGGGACCAGUGGUUUGUUGAGCAGCUUGGACAGAAGGUGAGCACACAAUACCAACCCUGGAUUCAUGAUAAACAGAUUGCUGGAUUCUACCAGCAAUUUGGCAACAUCACUUUCCUCACAGUUAAGGGUGCAGGUCACAUGGUUCCUCAGUGGGCUCCUGGUCCAUCUCUCCAGAUGCUAAAGAGUUUCCUGUCCAAUAAGCCUUACUGAACUUACUCCAGACAACGUGCCCUGUCUUAAAUAGACCACUAAAAAAUUAGGUUUGGUUAAGAAAACUGUUGAAAUGUGAAAAUGAAGAUUGCACAAUAAUUUUCUCAGGGACUGGUGGGUGUAACGUGUGUUUGCAUAUGUUGAUAUGCCUUUAUUUUAUUGUUAUUAUUUUUUAAAUCUUUUUAAAUCAAUUUUCACUUGAACACAGUGGGUGGUUUUCAUAGUAUUGGGAUAAUGCCAUUUUGUUAUAAUCAACAUUUUUAGGUUUAUAUCACUUUUUAAAACCAGUAUUAGUUAAUAUCACAUAGUUUUGAAAUGAUUAAAUCAUGGGUUUCUAUUAUUAGUUCUGUAAGAGGUAAGAUGCUCAUUUGUGAGAAAUGAGAAUAAAUGUAUUCAUUUUCUUCCUACCCUUGAUUCACAAUACUGAAAAAAUGUUAUACUAUGAAUUAUUUUAGUCUAUGGUUAUAAAUUGUUUGCAAUCCAACCUAUUUGUCAGAUCUCCUAAUAAGGAUUAUGUGGAUGAGUAUGUAGCACUCCCAUUUGGUCCAAGAUGGUCCUUAAGGUGUGUUUAAAGAACUAGAUUUUUACAUGGAAGGUUAUUUACAUGGAAUCAUUAUAAACCAAGAAAUAAAAAAAGUUGUUUUGAGUGUA